AUGAGCUCGACGAGCAACCUCGCAUCGGCUUCCACCGACGAGCUCCGCUCCAAACUCGUCCAGCUUCGAGCUGACAAAGCGCUCCUCACUUCGCAGCUCUCCUCCCUCCGCGCCCUGCCAAACUCCACCCAGGACGCAACUAUACCUCUCUCAACCCAGAACGAAGAACUCGGCCGUCAACUUCGCUCGCUCGAAGAGAAGUCGAUCCUCUACCGUUCGGCUGCAUGGACCUGCUUCGAGCUCGAUCUCGAUGUCGGCCGUCGUGCUCGUCUGGCUCGAGACACCGCUUCUGCCGACAAGGACGGUGACCUUGCGCUCGGGAUCCGCCUCGACACCUUCUUCGGAGGACGCUUCUACGAGCCUUAUUACCUCGUCUUUGCGCGCCCGAGCCAGCUGUUGGAUUCCAUGCCACAACUCGCCGGCACCACCGUGGGCGAUGUAGAGGCAAAUUCGUUGGCGGAUGGCUUGAGGCUUAUCAGGCAUACUGUGCCGCACUUUGUGCCUCUAUCCCAGCUCGUCGAGAAGUAUUUGCCCAGUGUGAUGGGCGGGCAAGUGUCCGGUGGCGCAGGGAGCAAAGGCAGAGACAAUGAGGCUGGUGGACUUACCAUGCUCACCCAGUUCAACGACCUGCCCGGGUUGCACGCCUUCUUGUCCGACCUACAUUGCCACUUGCAAGCAUACGUGUCGAGGCGGCAGCAAGCCAUCGCACUGCAAGACCUCGAACUGCCAGGUCAUAACAAAGAGGCAGAGGCGGCCCUCGAAGCGCUUGGCACCGAAGCGUUCGAUCUGGUCAAAGUCACCUGGCGUAUCCCUUCCACCACUGCUCAAGCCGAGCAGCAAGCAGACGAUAGCGACGAAGAGUCGACAAAUCCCACAGCCUUGGCUCUGAAAGCUGCUGCAAAGCGCAAACGAGAGAACCCGGAUGACGAGCCAUCACAACACCUUGAACUUGUCGUUCAGUACCACGACCUUCAAAGCGAUCGUCUGGUCGACGAAACACGGCCCUCCGGUCUCUCUUCGUCCUUCGAAGAUCCGAGCGAGAACGACGUAGAAGGAGCAAUCGAAGGCCUGCGCAAGCCCUACGGUACAGUGCGAGUGCAGCUGCUCGAGUACGCGCCAGAGCUGGAAACACGGCAACGUCGAGCACCGGGCAUCUCGAAAGCAGACCUCAAAGCGUUACGACCCACCAUCACGCGCAGAGAGGAUCUGGAGCAGAUGUACGCACGUGAGGACGACGGAGAAUCUCUCGAUAUGGACCAAGCAUUCCAGCGCAUCGCCAAAAGGGUGUGGAGUCAGUUGAGGGGAAAGUCUAGCGUGCGUUGA